GAAUGUGAUUGGAUUGUUAAAACAAUGUGACUUGCAGUUGGACACAGACAGAAGGCAGAACAGUACUGAGAGGAUACAUGCUGCACCUAGGCAGACACACACAGACAGAAGGCAGAACAGUACUGAGAGGAUACAUGCUGCACCUAGGCAGACACACACAGACAGAAGGCAGAACAGUACUGAGAGGAUACAUGCUGCACGCAGGCUGACACACACAGACAGAAGGCAGAACAGUACUGAGAGGAUACACGCUGUACGCAGGCAAACACACACAGACAGAAGGCAGAACAGUACUGAGAAGAUACAUGCUGCACGCAGACACACACACAGAGACACAGACACACUGAUGUCACACACAGACAGCAUAGAUAAAAGAAAAGGGCCCCUAUCGAUGGCAUAGAGAGAGAUAGAGUCACAAUGUAAACUCCAUUUGAAGGCUGGAGAAGCCACAAACAGAACAGUCAAAGUAAUAGGAUGAAAGGCUGCACUCUUCACUACUUGUUGUCAUGCAGCUAUCAUGUUAUAUCACUCUGUUUAGAAUAUCCUGUAAUGUAUAACUUCCUGAUUGAAGGUGAUUAUAUACUUUAAAAACUGUAGUGGACAACAGACAGAGAUCAGAGAGGUAACUGGUAGAGAUGCACAUCUGAGCAACUACUUAACUACUAGUCACUGAAGUUAGAAUCAUACAGUAGAUAUUAGCAUUAGGAGUCAGUUAGAAAGGUAAUCAUACAGUAGAUAUUACCAUUAGGAGUCAGUUAGAAAGGUAAUCAUACAGUAGAUAUUACCAUUAGGAGUCAGUUAGAAAGGUAAUCAUACAGUAGAUAUUACCAUUAGGAGUCAGUUAGAAAGGUAAUCAUACAGUAGAUAUUACCAUUAGGAGUCAGUUAGAAAGGUAAUCAUACAGUAAGUUAAUACAGCAAGUAAAAGUAACUUAGAAUCAUAGAUUUUACAAUAAGAGGUCAGACAGACUUAAUUAGUUGAUUUAUCGAUUGAUUGGUUUAAUCAUUGAUAUUCGGUACGGUUAGUUAAGAUGGCCGAGUACGUCAACAAACAGGUGAUUGAAUUGAAUGAAGUUACUGAAGAAAACCGAAACAGAUUAACGAAGAGCGUGAAGACUGAGACCCAUCUCUCAGAUGGAAGAACAGGAGUCUACAGGCUGGCUGCUGGGUGUUUAGGAGUGCUGUGUGUUCUACAAGUCACUCUCAACAUCUCCCUGAGGCUGGCUUUCUCCGGUUCUAACGAAGAGAGGAACCAGUUAGAGGCCUGUUACAACACCCUGGCUACAGAAAGGGACAGGUUGAGUGGCAUGGUCAGUGUUCUGACCUAUGAUAAGGUGAUUCUGCAGAAGAGGCUCUCUGGGUGUGGUACUGGAAGAGGGGUGGAAGGGAGAUACAUGGCAGUCCCAAUGAUGAGGACUGUGUUAAAGUGUCCUAAAGGAUGGAGGAUGUUGGGAUCCAGCUGCUACUUCCUUUCUACUGAGAUGAAAACCUGGCAGGAGAGCAGACUGGACUGUUUUGAGAGAGGAGCAGACCUGGUGAUCAUAAACAGUGAAGAGGAAAAGAAGUUGUUGUACCAGCUGCAUGGUGAUGCAGAUCUCCUGGUCUGGAUUGGUCUGACUGACUCCGUGAAUGAGGGGACCUGGAAAUGGGUGGACGGCACACCACUGACCACAUCGUACUGGAAGAGUGGUAAGCCGGACUAUGGUGGUACCAACAACAAGGAUUGUGUCGAGGUCAACCAUCGGGACAACGUUUUGGCCAACUGGAACGAUGCACCCUGCAACCGCAUGCUGCACUGGAUCUGUGAGAAAUUACAGAAAUAGCUACAUAUACCUCAAAGUUUAGGGUCACUUAGAAAUGUCCUUUUUUUAUAGAAAAUAAAAUGUUUUGUCUAUUAAAAUGAAAUCAAAUUGAUCAAUAAUACAGUGUAGACAUUGUUAAUGUUGUAAAUGACUAAUGUAGCUGGAAACGGCAGAUUUCUUAUGUAAUAUCUACAGUCGUGGCCAAAAGUUUUGAGUAUGACACAAAUAUUAAUUUUCAUAAAGUUUGCUGCUUCAGUGUCUUUAGAUAAUUUUGUCAGAUGUUACUAUGGAAUACUGAUGUAUAAUCACAAGCAUUUCAUAAGUGUCAAAGGCUUUUAUUGAAAAUUACAUGAAGUUGAUGCAAAGAGUCAAUAUUGGCAGUGUCGACCCUUCUUAUUCAAGACCUCUGCAAUCCGCCGUGGCAUGCUGUCAAUUAACUUCUGGGCCGCAUCCUAACUGAUGGUAGCCCAUUCUUGCAUAAUCAAUGCUUGGAGUUUGUCAGAAUUUGUGGGGUUUUGUUUGUCCACCCGCCUCUUGAGGAUUGACCACAAGUUCUCAAUGGGAUUAAGGUCUGGGGAGUUUCCUGGCCAUGGACCCAAAUUAUUGAUUUUUUGUUCCUCGAGCCACUUUGUUAUCACUUUUGCCUUAUGGCAAGGUGCUCCAUCAUGCUGGAAAAGGCAUUGUUCGUCACCAAUCUGUUCCUGGAUGGUUGGGAGAAGUUGCUCUCAGAGGAUUUGUUGGUAACAUUCUUUAUUCAUGGCUGCGUUCUUAUGCAAAAUUGUGAGUGAACUCACUCCCUUGGCUGAGAAGCAACCCCACAAAUGAAUGGUGUCAGGAUGCUUUACUGUUGGCAUGACACAGGACUGAUGGUAGGGCUCACCUUGUCUUCUCCGGACAAGCUUUUUUCCAGAUGACCCAAACUAUAGGAAGUCCAGCAAACCCAGAGUCACCUCUUCACUGUUGACAUUGAGACUGGUGUUUUGCGGGUACUAUUUAAUGAAGCUGCCAGUUGAGGACUUGUGUGGUGUCUGUUUCUCAAACUAGACACUCUAAUGUACUUGUCCUCUUGCUCAGUUGUGCACUGGGGCCUCCCACUCCUCAUUCUAUUCUAGUUAGAACCAGUUUGCACUGUUCUGUGCUUUUCUUUCAAAAACAAUGACAUUUAUAAAUGACCCCAAACAUUUGAACGGUAGUGUACAUAUAGAUCAAAUCCACAUCUUGUUUAAAUGUGUUUAUUAUUUCAUUACCUACAAAUGUUUGAUGUACAUUAACAUUUUCCUUAAGAUUGUGAAAUUAACUGUGAGUACAUUUACAUGGUACCUGACAUUAUCUUUCUUGCUUUCACCUGUAGUUAAUUUGUGGCAAUAGAUUAUUGGCAGCCUUUAGAAUCAGUCACAAUACUUUAUCAGUUUCAGCUUUGUCCUUUUCCCUCUAAACAGUUUAUUAAUUAAGUAUUACUUCUAUGAAAUUAUGAAAUGGAAUGAAAUGGCAUUGCUUCUAUGAAAUAAAAAAUAUGAGGAUA